UUCCAAAAUGUCCCUAUAUAUAUCCAGUGGACCCAUUCAAUAUUCUGCACCUCUUACAAACAAACUUCUUUCCAACAAUGGACAAUUGUAAAUUAUUCAUUUUUCUGCAGUUUCUUUAUCUUCUUUUUCCUCUUCUUCUGGCUUCCUCUGCUCAGGAUAGACAGGUAUAUAUCGUAUACCUCGGGGAGCAUGAUGGAGAAAAAACUCACCAAGAGAUAGAAGAAAACCAUCACUCAUAUUUGUUCUCUGUUAAGGAAAGUGAGGAAGAUGCAAAAGCUUCUCUUAUUUACAGCUACAAACACAGCAUUGAUGGCUUCGCUGCUUUUCUUACCCAACAAGAAGCUUCGGAUAUUGCGGAAAGGGAGGAGGUUGUGUCGGUGUUUCGGAGUCAUCCGAGAAAAUACGCAUUGCACACGACGAGGUCAUGGGAGUUUUCGGGCUUACAAGAGUCGACAAAUCCAAGCAAUAUUGAUAAAAACUCUUUGUUAUACAAAUCGGGAUAUGGCAAGGACAUCAUUAUUGGCAUGCUCGACUCGGGUAUCUGGCCAGAGUCUGAAAGCUUCAAUGAUGAAGGAAUGGAUGACGUACCAAACCAAUGGAAGGGAAAAUGCCAAGCUGGCGAAGCAUUCAACUCCUCACAUUGUAAUAAGAAAAUCAUCGGUGCCCGAUACUACUUCAAGGGCUUCGAAGCCUACUACGGCCUCGGCAGCCUUAACAAAUCGAUCGACCUCAAGUCCCCCCGCGACAUGAACGGGCACGGGACCCACACUGCAUCCACGGCCGCCGGCCGUGCCGUCAGGAAUGCCUCCGCCCUCGGGGGCUUCGCCGAGGGGAUAGCCUCCGGGGCCGCCCCCUUAGCCCGCCUAGCCAUCUACAAGGUGUGCUGGAACAGCCCGGACUUGGAUGGGGGCACCAAGUGCUUCGACGAGGACAUUAUUGCCGCCUUCGACGACGCCAUCGCUGACGGUGUCCACGUCCUCAGCGCCUCGAUUGGGUCGACGGAACCUAGUCCGUACAAAGACAACAGCCUCGUGAUCGGAUCCCUACACGCCGUCCGGAAUAACAUCGUCGUGGCGCUCAGCGCGGGGAACGAGGGACCCACACCGGCCACAAUAGUCAAUCCGGCUCCAUGGACAAUCACAGUCGGGGCCAGCAGCAUCGACAGGGUAUUCUCGUCUGCGGUCGUGCUCGGGAGUGGCGUCCAAGUCCAGGGCCAAUCCGUCGCUCCUUAUCAGAUGGAAAACAAGAUGCAUCCAUUGGUUUUCGCGGGUGAUGUAACCAUGCCCGACGUGCCCAAAAACGAAUCCGGGCAAUGCUUACCAGAUUCCCUUUCUCUUGAAAAGGUGAAAGGUAAAAUCGUACUGUGCUUGAGAGGAGACGGGUUUAGAGUGAGCAAAGGCAUGGAAGUCAAAAGAGCCGGUGGCAUUGGUUAUAUCUUAGGAAAUAGUAAAGCUUACGGGAACCAAUUAGUUGCCGAUUCCCAUGUUCUUCCAGCAACGCACGUCACCUACGAAGACGCUCUCCGUAUUCUAAAAUAUAUAAACACUACGAAACAACCAAACGCGCUCAUCACGCCAGCUAAGACGGUUUUGGGCAAAGUACGGGCACCUGUCACGCUUGAUUUCUCCAGCAGAGGUCCCAACAUAAUAUCACCCCAAAUUUUGAAGCCGGACAUCACGGCUCCAGGAUUAAACAUAUUAGCAGCUUGGAGCGGAGCAUCUGGUCCAUCAGGUGAGCUCGGAGAUAAUCGGGUUGUAAAGUAUAAUUUUGACUGGGGCACAUCUAUGGCCUGCCCGCACGUAUCUGGCGCUUUGGCCCUUCUAAAAGCCGUUCAUCCCGACUGGAGUAGCGCCGCAUUAAGAUCAGCUCUCAUGACUUCCGCACGGUUGGUCGACAACAAAGGGAAACCCAUUGCGGAUGCAUCCGGAAGCCAGGCUGGCCCGUUCGACUUCGGGUCGGGUUAUUUCAACCCGAACAAAGCAGUCGACCCGGGGCUCGUGUAUGAUACAACUUACGAGGAAUACCUCGUCUUCCUAUGUGGCAUUAAGGUCAAGCUUGUUAAAUCCUACAAAUGCCCGGAGAAAUUCCCGUCUCCAAUUGACCUCAACUACCCGUCGGUAGCCAUACCCAAACUAAAGAGUAAAGUCACCGUCACUAGAACGGUCACAAAUGUGGGCCCCGCUCAGAGCGUGUACUCUUCCAGCAUAGAGGCUCCACCAGGGACCGAAGUGGAAAUAUUACCUUCGGAGCUGCAUUUUAACCAAACCGGUCAAAAGAUGAGUUUUACCAUCACGGUAAAAAGGGAUGGGAAAUUUACGGGCCGGGUUGGGAUAGACAACUACACGUUCGGAUCGUACACGUGGAUUGAUGGAGUUCAUGUUGUCCGGAGUCCUAUGGCUGUUUCACUUGCUCUCUAG